AUGGAUCUUUCGCAGAUGCAGACGGCCUGUGUCCUGGCAGGUAUCGCAUUCCUCUAUCUCGCCGGCAUAAUUGUGUAUCGACUCUAUUUCUCUCCGCUCGCCAAGUUUCCAGGCCCCAAGCUUGCAGCGGCGACGCUGUUGUACGAGUUCUAUUACGACGUGAUCUGUCGAGGUCAAUAUACGUUCAAAAUCAAAGAGCUUCAUGAGAAAUAUGGUCCUAUCAUCCGGAUCAAUCCGUAUGAGCUGCACGUCAAUGACCCAGAGUUCUACGACACGCUUUAUUCACAGCACUCACCGAGGGACAAGUCUCGGUUCUUACUUAAUAUUUUCGAUCUUCACAAGUCGACGUUUGGAACGGAGAAGCACUAUUUGCAUCGCAUCCGUCGGGCCUCCCUCAAUCCGUUCUUCUCCAAACAGCGAAUCCUUCGUUUGGAGCCGAUGAUCCACACUCUGGCUCGACGGAUGUGCGAGCGUGCUGAAGACUUCAAACGUGCCGGUCAGCCGGUCCCGUUGACCACAGGGUUCUCCUGUCUCAUUACAGACGUUCUGACAGAAUACAUCAUGACGGAAAGCUAUCAUUAUCUAGAGGAGCCGGACUGGGUUCCCCACUGGGGCAAGACACUGCGCUCCGUUCCCGAAGUAGGAAUCCUGGCCAAGUACAUUCCGUUCAUCCUGCCUCUGUUGAAAUCCAUUCCGCAGCCGUGGGUGGCGGCGAUAAACCCAGGCAUGGGGAUGGUCAUGUGGUACAACAAAAGCUGUGAGGCCAAGAUCCGAGAGAUCAUGCAGGACAGGGAGAAAUCGGCGGCGAAGGCGAGUCAGAAGAUGUCGACGCAGCCGACGCUAUUCCACGAGCUGCUCGAUUCGGAUCUGCCGCCGCAGGAGAAGACCUUUGAUCGACUUGCGGAUGAAUGCCAGUCAGUGAUCGGAGCGGGGACCGAAACAACUACAUUCGCGCUGACCGUGAUCUCUUUCCAUCUGCUCGACAAUCCUGAUAAAUUGCAGAAGAUGCGGGACGAGCUCGAUCAGUUGAACCCGGACCGAAAUGCGCAAUUAAGUCUGCGAGAUUUGGAAAAUUUGCCUUAUCUUUCAUCCGUUGUUCUUGAAGGUCUGAGACUAUCAUACGGUCCCUCCACUCGACUUCAGCGAAUAGCACCCAGCGAGACUCUAAGAUACGGUGAAUACACCAUUCCACCGGGUACCCCCGUCGGAAUGACAUCUUACCUCCUCCAUCACAACGAAUCCAUCUUCCCGGAUUCGCACAAAUUCAUCCCGGAGCGAUGGCUCGACCCGGCCGAACGGCGCCGACUGGACAAAUACAUGGUGGCAUUUUCCAAGGGUUCACGACAAUGCGUCGGAAUGAACCUCGCCCGAGCAGAGAUCUUCAUCACCCUCGCCACGUUCUUCCGCCGCUUCGACAAGAUCGAGCUGUACAAGACAACGCGGGAGGACGACAUCGACAUGAAGCACGACCUCUUCCUCCCGCGUCCGAAGAAUCUGGAUAGUGUCGGCGUGCAGGUCAUGCUGAAAUGA